UUACAACAAUAAAUCACAUAACAAAACAAUUUUGUUAUCAAAACCAUUCAGUGACAAACAUUCUAAACGCAGUUGACAUGUCAACGCCUGCGGAGGCACACGUGGACCAAAAGCAAAAUAGUGAUGUGCAUAUCAUCGAUAUAGACGACGACACGGACGUAAUUAUCGAUACAAUUUUAAAUAAUGAAGAGCCAGUAAUCGAGAAGGACGAAACGAUUAUCAAAAUGAAUGCUACAGUUACAACUCCAAAAGCUUCAUCCAAUAAUAUGGCUGAAUCAGUACAAAGGGCUCGCGAUGCCUUCAACCGAGGCGUGACCAGGCCAGUAGAAUGGAGGCGCAAGCAACUGAAGGCAAUAAUGCGAAUGUACGAAGAAAAUAAGCAGGCAAUGGUAGAUGCACUGCAGCAAGAUCUUCGCAGAGGCAAAACAGAAGCCAUUCUACUUGAAAUCGACUAUUUAAUCAACGAUCUCAUCGGCACCCUCCACUCCUUAGAUGAAUGGAUGAAGCCCGAGAAGCCAUCAAAGGGCAUCGUCAACAUUUUGGACGAUGUACUCAUACACAACGACCCUUAUGGUGUGGUGCUGGUUAUUGGCGCAUGGAACUACCCCCUACAGUUGCUCCUGCUGCCCAUGACUGGCGCCAUUGCUGCUGGCAAUGCUGUCGUAGUGAAACCGAGCGAAUUGGCAACCGCUUGCAACAAAUUCGUCGUGGAGACCUUGCCCAAAUAUUUGGAUAACGAUGCUGUAGUAGUCGUAGAAGGUGGUCCGCAAGAAACAACAGAGCUGCUGAAACAGAAGUUCGACUAUAUCUUCUACACUGGCGGCACUAAUGUUGGCAAAAUUAUCUACGAAGCGGCCACCAAGAAUUUGACGCCCGUCACACUUGAACUGGGUGGGAAGAGCCCGGUGUACAUCGACAACACAGUGGAUAUCGUGGUGACGGCGAGACGCAUACUCUGGGGCAAGUUCAUCAACGUCGGCCAAACUUGCAUAGCGCCUGACUACAUACUCUGCACGAAGGAGGUGCAAGCCAAGUUCGUGGAAGCCUCAAAGAAAGUACUCAAGGAAUGGUACGGCGAGGACCCACAAAAGUCCCCGGAUCUAUGCAGAAUUAUCAAUCAGAGACAUUUCGCCCGGCUGCAAGCACUAUUAGACAGUAGUAAGGACAAAGUAGCUAUCGGCGGCAGACAUGACGCCCAGGAUAAGUAUAUUGAACCGACGAUCUUGAUCGACGUCGCUCCCACCGACAAAAUAAUGCAGGACGAGAUCUUCGGUCCCAUACUGCCCGUUGUACCCAUCGAGAACGCUUACGAAGCUAUCAAAUUCAUUAACGAGAGAGAGAAGCCGCUAGUGUUGUACGUGUUCACGGAGAACAAGAAGACCCUCAAAAGUUUUGUUCAAAACACCAGUAGCGGAGGAAUGUGCGUUAACGACACGGUUAUGCAUAUGGGAGUUGAAACUCUGCCGUUCGGUGGCGUUGGAUACAGUGGUAUAGGUGCUUACCAUGGAAAGGCGACAUUCGAUACAUUCACACACAAAAAGAGCUGUCUGGUUAAGAACUUUGCAGCUAUUGGUGAAAAGCUGGCUGCUAAUCGCUAUCCCCCGUACACGGAUGGCAAGCUGAGCUUGGUAUUGGCACUGAUGCGCAAGAGAAACACACCAUCCCUGAAGCUGGUACCAUACCUACUAGCGUUUGCGCUAGGCGCCGGUCUCACAUAUGGAAUUGUUGCCUGGAAUAAGAUGACAUCGGAAGAUUUGUAGAUCCUGUGGCUGAUGUUAGUCUACCUCGGAAUGCCUUACGUCUAUGGAUUGUGAUAAUUUUGUACCAUAGGUAUCUAAGUUUAUCAUUGAAUUAAUGAGUUGUUAUUUUCUAAUGAUGAUAAUGCAUUUAUUAUUGCUAUUUCUGUUAAAUAUUUCUAUGCUUGUUAUCUACUGUUCUGUAUUAUUGAUAUUCUUUGUGUAAAAAUGAAUAAUUGAGUAUAUUUCUAAAUGAAAAGUUGUAAAGUCUUUAUUAAAAUUAUAAAGUAAGCACUUGUAGAGUAUGGCAACUGCAAAUUAUGAUUAGACUUCAUUCAUGCAUUAGUUCGACUAAAACGUGAAUUAUUAUUUUUAUAUUUUGUGGUACCUAAUAUAUUUAUAAAAUUAUGUUCCUUAGCUUGUGAUUUUUAUAUUAUCCCAAAUUUUUAUAUCAGUAAUAAAAUAUUAAAUAUUAAUUAUUGAAACCAGGAAGGCUAGAAUUGUAAUACGUACUGUAAAUAGAUUGUUACAUAAUGUGGGUUUUUUUUUAUUCGGAUUGGGUUGUGAUCCGAAACACCGUUGACUACCAAGACAAGAAAAUUAACGUGUGCGUAUAUAUGUGAGACGAUUCAAGAAACAGAAAUUGAUUAUGAGCCUUAAAGUAACUCUUUCAGUGUCAAAUAUUACGCCCAUACUGCGGCAAGCGUGUAUACUCACAACUUAUUUUGCUAAUUGUAUCUGUCUAAACUAUUGCCUAAAAGUGAGUACCAACAUUGCAACGUGAUUUUUUUCAAUAGACUGGCUAGUUACAGUAAUAAGAUAACAAAUUUGUGCACAGUACUACAGUCGAUCCUGAGAUCAUAUUGAAUGUAUUCUAUCGCUCUAGCUGGCCUUUACAACUUCACUGGACAAAAAUGUAGAACAAGUCCUCUGCACUUCAAACCCAAUACAACUCCUGAAUGUACUGAUAAUUACAUGCAGCCCUGGCGUGCACAAAUAUGAUUAUAUUAUUCCAUAUGCCACAUUUGAUUCAGUCCAAGGCAUGUAACAAUGUAAAUAAGUCACCGACUAAUAUUAGUUUAUUAAGUCCUACCGUUUUUAAUUAUUGGGAAAUGGCAAUUUUAGGUACUGGGACCUGUAAAUAAUCUAUUUAUAAAGAUUGUACGACGUAUUAUAUAUUUAAUCUCCUUUUCUUAUUAAUAAAAAUGUUAUAGUUAUUUACAAUACAUUGUAAAAUUUAUAUGAACAGAUAUAUUUAAAUAAAUAUCAUAAUUUA